GCGUUAUUCGUGUGAUCAUUAAAUUGAAUUAAUAAUUCUACAAACACAAUGCACUAACGGGGACAUUCUAAAGCAAAUAUAACUUAUUAGAUAAACAUUUAGUAUGUUGUCUCUAAGCCGUGUCUUUGAUAUCAUAUCAUACAUUAUAAUAAAACACGUCGGAUUUACUAAGAAUAUGAUAUGGCAUUAAAGCAUACAUUUUGUGUUAAAAAUACUGAUUAAGUCAUGGCUUUAAUGUAUAUAGCGUCUUUGGGAUCCUGCAACAUGAGUGUCAUCGAUAUAUAAACUGUGAUUGGACAUCCACGCGCAAUGCGGCCUUCUGAACACGUCCGGUCGGUUCUGGCCGCAUCUCUCGUGUUGAUGAUAACGAUCCAUAGGUCUGAAGAGACAUCAAAGGGAUUUAAGGAUAACAACGAAGGUGACUUUGAAAGAGAUUGGUGCGGCAAGGUAUUCCAGCUUAAAGAAUUCCAGAAAUUGUCUGAUGCGUUUUGUAAGUCCAAGAAAAGAACGUCGACAAAGCGUCAUGCGUACACGACAUGCAUGCACUCAUCCAACCGGAAAUUCGAUCUUUCGUGCUUAAAGUGCCAGCGCAGCGCGGGCCGAUGUAAAUCCUUGAAAAGCCUGCGCGCGAAUCUAUUGACAAUUUCCGGUCGAAUGUUUCGGGACGGAAAAACGCCAAUGCGAGUAUGCGAUGUGCAAACGUAUGAUCCCAGAAGGCAUUUGUGCUGCCAUGGUCCCGAUGUUCGCCAUCAGAUCCCGUCGUCCGCAAAUUCCGCAAAUGUCACAUGUUGCGGAAGCAAAGUGUUUGACAUCCGCCAUUACAUAUGCUGCAACGGAAGCGCGGCCCUCCUAGACCGUAUUCAACGCGCGUCUGCCGCUUGCUGUGGGCAUUCGCCCUACGAUAUGGAAGUCGAGUUCUGUUUUAAGGACAAAAUUUACCCCAAAAAUGAAGAAGUUGCCGAUGUUAUGCAUAGCGUCAACGACAGGUCCUCCAACUAUGAGGAAAAUCUGAGCCCCCAGAUAGUUGAACACGCAAACGUUUUUGAAAAACACACAGACGUUUUUGUUUUAUCUGGUUCAAUCUUAGUAAUUGGUGUUGGUGUUUUGACGGUCGGGGUGGUCAUACGUCGCAGACGCGUAAGGGCAUUUAAGCCUCCGAGUGAUGCUGUGGAAGGAAUAUUCACGAUAUCACUCAAUGAUACCAGACGUGACCUUUGUCCUAAGUUAGAAGAGUCGAUCCAAGAGCCAACGGACAAAAAGGAUGCUCAAAAUAUAUACCUCGAAGUCGCAACUAUCGAGUCAGAAGGUGCCCAAACCGCAAACAUUCUGGACUCGGUGACACGGGCUGACUCAUCUUUACAAGGAAGCGAUUGCGAAACGGACUAUCACUCUACAAGCUGUGAACUUGGGCCGCACAGAAAUUUGUCUUCAGCUGUGGACGCCAACAUGCAAACCUUUAUUUGUAAACCGAUUAAUAUUAAAGACUUCAUGGGACGGACUUUCUGCAAGGAACAUGUAUUUACAAAGAACAAUCUGACACUUCAGUUGGAACAUUCGAGUGUGACCUUGACUUUGUCGGAAAAAGAUGUAGAACAUGAAAGUGUGCGUUGCUUUGCAAGCACCUUCCGAUAUAUACCGGAAAUAUGCGAUCGUCUGGAAAAGGAAGGAGUUCUGCAUAAAGACGAAAUGAUCGCCUCCCCAACGAUCGAGUACCUAUUUCCAGACAUCCAACGGUUGGCUGAGUUCGGCUGCGUGAAAAUGGAUCACAAAGGGCAGGGAAUGCCUGCCUUCCGGGUGUGCAAAACGGAAGUGAUGUCAGACGGCUCUCUCAAACCUGUCGUCGUGAAGCACAAAGACGAUGUCGAUUUGAACGAUCCCGAGUUGGACGCGUAUUAUGAAGAGGUAUGUGCAAUUAAUCUAUAUACGAAUCAUGGUGCCAUGACAACACCGGACAAGGAGUGUCCAGGGCGAGUGCGCAUAUUCCUGCGGUCGUUCUGCGUGGUAUACUGUACUUUCUGCCCGAAAAAUGACCACACUGACCAGCGCCUUAAGCUGGACGCGUACCUGUACACGAAGGAGGACAGGCUGUCCGACCGUACGUCCGUCCAUAUGCGCCUCUUUAUUUUGGAUGAGAUAAUGCAGAUGCCCGAUUAUAAACAGCGCCUUGAGGAGCAGACGGUCAACCAGUAUCGGGAAGACAUGAAACAGCUACGACUUCCGCAUCACGUGUCCAUGGAGGACUUCCUGGAGGUGGCGCUGCAACUUCCUGACACAACUAACAUCAACCGGCACGGAGAGCGCGUAUGGAGGACUGACUCCGACCUUAAACAGAAAAACAAACUGUCAGAGUUCACCGCUUGUUCACGCAAAGGCCGACUGGACGGCCUCGUAUUCAGCAUGGAAUGGCUGCUAGAGGGGCCUGAUGACGCCAUCACAGAAAACGCAUGUUUCCUAAACUGCGCGCUUGAGGCGAAGAUUGAAUUCAGCUACAAAGGUCGUGUGACCGAAAUACCUACGACAGAGCUUCGUGUGCGUCGGCAAGUAAACGCUCCCAGGAAGUGGCCCAACCAUGGUGUACCCCAGGAAGAGUCCAUGAGGCAGGACAGUCUUGGUUCCACCAGCCCCGGGGGAGAGGCGGAUCAGGGUGCUACCGGUGUGGACUCGCUGAUGUCACCACGACCUGAGUGUAUAUACAGCAGAUGUACAGAUGUCAGGGGCGAGUUAUCGAGUAGUUCUUUGUAAAUAACUGUGCUUUUUUCGUUUUAUAUCAAUUGUAAUGUUUAAUUUGUUAUGUUUUAUGUAUUUAUGGUUUUAAUUGUAACGUUAAAUCUAUAUGAUUUAAAUUGUUAUGUUUGUGUCAACAAGAUUGUAAUGAAAACUGUAGUGUUCACUGGCGUAGCUCCACGUAGGCACUAAUGGAACGGGCAUGCAUAUGAUUUCGAAAAUUGUAUUUUGAAGCUGUCCAAAAAUGCAUUUUAAACGGAAUGAGUAGUGGGUAUAUGCGUCACAAUUAUAGAAUAACACGCAUCUUACAUUCUCAUUCAUCAGAGGUUCGAUCGUGAUACAUCUCCUGUGGUACGCAUAGUAUCACCACUCUGGUGAACGAGAAUGGCAUCUUAGUGCAACCCGCAUUAAAAAGAACUAAUUUAGCGAACUGGGCUUGCACAUCAAUUUUUGGCUAGCUACGCUCCUGAGUAAAUGAACAUCGCCACUACUCGACUGAAAUCUUGAAGCUGGGUUUUAAUUUUAAAGCGCUUGCAUUUUGUAUGAACGAUUCUGUUUGUAGCAUUGAAUGAUAACGCAGUGACUUGCAUUAAUAACCAAACUGACAUCGAAGUUUGAAAUACAAUAUUAUUAAUGAUGAAUAAUUACUUUUGACAUACAUGUGAACUCUACCGGCAGUAGGUAAAAUAUACCGCUUUUGAGACCAUUCUAACGCCAUACCGCGCUUUCCCGUCGAAAUAUACCGAUAUUGAAAGCUCUUAAAAAACUCAAAAUUAUAUCUAAUUGGCCUUAAAUUUUCUUUUAAACACCUCAAAAUUCUAUCAACCAUGUUAAAGAACCAUAUUAAUCUGUCACUUUAAAGAACAUGGUGCAAUAAACAACUUAUCAAAUCACUUCACACUUCAGUCGAGAUCGUUGCUCAGUACGUUACAAAAGACCACUUUUCAGCAUAUUUUGUUAAUUGGCAUCCUAAGGAGAAAGCCUUAAUCUACAAUAGCCAACUGUAGAGCACAAGGACAGGCGUUGUUUGACACACCCCUUUGACCACGCCCUUACACCCAUUUAAAAAAUAAAUAAAUCCCAGGCUUAUUAAUAAUGACGAGGGAAUUGUUACUAAUGAUAAAAAAAAUAAAAAAUUCUCAGGUAAUAGAAUAAAAUUUCAAUUGUUUUUGUUAGUUUAUUAAUAUCAUAAGUAACAGUUCUCCCAUCCUUUUUUUAAGCCUGGAUUUUUUUUUUUAAAUGAGGGGAGGGGUGUGAUCAAAGGGGUGUGUCGAAAGAACGCACCCUGUCCCUGUGGUGUAGAGUAGAAAUAGCAAUACAACAAUUUUAAUUCAAAUAUUAACAUAUUAUUUCGGAAUAAAGAAAUGAUUAUUUCUGAUUAAAGAAAUUAAAAUGAAUACUGCAUCAUAUUAAUGGCUUAAACAAUACACUCGGAAAGAGAUUUACCCUCUAUCAGCCAUGUAUGUAAAAUACUCAAUUCUCUGUCUGUACAAUGUAGACUGUAUUUGAGCUGGUAAAGUUAUAUUAUGACCAAUCAGGAAUGCUAAAUGAUAUCUAUUAUUUACAAUACUAUCACUUUUAAAUCUUUAAAUUCUAUUUCACUGUGUGAACUUUUCUUUGACACCAUUUUAAAAUGCAGCCAUUUCAAUCAAAAUGCAUGGACAAUGUGAAUCCUAAAUUACAGUUGUGACUCUCUAGAAUAAUGAAGUUCUUCAGGCCAUCACAGAAUAUGAUCUGUGAAGGACUCAAUGAUAACACUUCACUGGCAUUAUAAAGGUAUGUUGCUUACUGGUCAUUUAAAUUUUCUCUGAUUUUUUUCUUAAGCUUUUAUUUUCAAAUUGAAGAUUAAUUUACAAUUAAUUAACCUUUGAUUUUAAAAUUAUGAAGGAAAAACUCAUCUGUAGCUGUAUUUAUGGCCAUUGUUAGUAGACUGAUUCCAUGUAAUGCAAGUAGAAAGCCUUAAAGCUGCACUCUCACAGAUAUACCAUUUUUACAACUUUUUUAUUUUUUGUCUUGGAAAGAGCAAAUUUUUGUGUAAAUAUCUACAAACCAGUGAUAUAAGAUUACUGACAAAAUAUCAGAUCGUAGAUUUUCAUAUUUCCAUUUGAAAACUAAGGUUUUAUGGCUUAAACCAUUACUUUAAGAAAAAUGCAUAAAACAUCAAUUUUUGAACCUAAAUAUAAAAAUCUGCGAUCUAAUUUUUUUUUUCAGCACUCUUAUAUAACUGGUUCUCAUGGAUGUUCGCAAAAAUUGGCUCGUUCCAAGACAAAACAUAAAAAAGUUGUCAAAGCAUUCAAUCUGUGAGAGUGCAGCUUUAAUAAUAUUUUUAUUUUCUUGUACAAGAUAUAAUAUACAUAGUUUCGUUCAGCUAAGAACAAUCAGCAGAAGUAUUGCUUUCAAGUGUCUUCAUUUGGCAGCUAGUUGCUAUCGGCAACAUGUUGAAGUCAUAUCCAGUAAAUCCCAAGAACUCAAGGAGUUAAAUUACAUGUUUUAGAAAUAAUUUCAUACACAAUAUACGUGCAGUACAAUGAAAUCUCAUUUCUUAACAAAAUAACAUUUAAAUUGAAUUACAUUUAUGAAAAAGUUGUUUUCAUUUUGUUAAAACUGGAGAUUUUAUGUAAUUAGAGAAUACAUAUUUUAAAUAUGUAUGUUGCUCAUUACUAUUAUUUUGCUAUUGUUAUUUGUAUUAAAUACACAUAAUAAAAAUAUUUAUAAUU